GGCUGUGGCUGAGUUUGGGGCUGGGGCUGGUGAUGCUGCAGCUGGGCCGGUUUGCCAAGCUUGGGCGGAGGCCAAGAGAUGGCAAACGUACGGGUGGCCGUGAGGGUCCGGCCCCUCAGCAAGAGAGAAACCAAAGAAGGAGGAAGAAUUAUCGUGGAAGUUGAUGGCAAACUGGCAAAAAUCAGGAAUUUAAAGGUGGACAGUCGAUCAGAUGGCUUUGGAGACUCCCGGGAGAAGGUUGUGGCGUUCGGCUUUGAUUACUGCUACUGGUCAGUCAACCCAGAGGACCCCCAGUAUGCAUCUCAGGAAGUGGUGUUCCAGGAUUUGGGGACUGAAGUACUGUCUGGAGCUGCCGAAGGCUAUAACAUAUGCCUUUUUGCCUAUGGGCAGACAGGCUCUGGGAAGACAUACACCAUGCUGGGGACCCCAGCCUCCGUUGGGCUGACGCCACGGAUAUGUGAGGGUCUCUUUGUCAGGGAGGAAGACUAUGCCCCACUGCCUUCUUCCUGCAGGAUAAAAGUAAGUUUUCUAGAAAUCUAUAAUGAACGAGUGAGAGAUCUGUUGAAGCCAUCUGAUCAAAAAAAGUCUUAUACCCUGCGGGUGAGGGAGCACCCAGAGAUGGGGCCCUAUGUACAAGGUUUAUCUCAACAUAUAGUCACCAACUAUAAGCAAGUAAUUCAGCUCCUGGAGGAGGGAAUAGCGAACAGAAUCACAGCAGCCACCCACGUUCAUGAGGCCAGCAGCAGAUCCCAUGCCAUCUUCACUAUCCACUACACUCAGGCAGUUCUGGAGAACAGCCUCCCCUCUGAAAUCUCCAGCAAGAUCAACCUUGUGGACCUAGCAGGCAGUGAAAGAGCUGACCCCAGUUACUGUAAGGACCGGAUUACCGAAGGAGCCAAUAUCAACAAGUCCCUUGUGACUCUAGGAAUUGUCAUCUCCACCUUAGCCCAGAACUCUCAAGUUUUCAGCAGCUGCCAGAGCCUCAGCAGUGUGACCAGCACCGGCGGUGACAGCGGGAUCCCUGGCUCUCCUUCCGGGACCAGUGGUGGAGGGGGCCCCUCCCGGAGGCAGUCUUACAUCCCGUACCGCGACUCCGUGUUGACCUGGCUGCUGAAGGACAGCCUCGGAGGCAACUCCAAAACCAUCAUGGUUGCCACCGUGUCUCCUGCACACACUAGCUACAGUGAGACCAUGAGCACGCUGAGAUACGCCUCCAACGCCAAGAACAUCAUCAACAAGCCACGGGUAAAUGAGGAUGCAAACGUAAAGUUGAUCAGAGAACUCAGGGAAGAGAUAAGAAGACUGAAAGCCUUGCUGCUGAGCUUCGAACUGAGAAACUUCAGUUCACCGAGUGAGGAGGAGGACGGAAACCUGCAGCAGCGGGUCCUCCAGAACGAAUCGAAGAUAGACCGGCUGACCCAGGACUGGGCCCAGAAGUGGGAUGAGUGGAAGGCCCUGGUGGAGCAUUACAGAGUGGGCAUCAACAAGCGGAGGGCUGGGGUUGUCAUUGACUCCAGCCUGCCACACCUAAUGGCCUUGGAGGAGGACGUGCUCAGCACAGGCGUCGUGCUCUAUCACCUCAAGGAGGGGACAACAAAAAUAGGAAGGAUUGACUCAGAACAGGAACAGGACAUCGUCUUGCAGGGUCAGUGGAUCGAGAGAGACCACUGCACCAUCACCAGCGCCUGUGGGGUUGUCGUCCUGCGGCCUGCCCAGGGGGCCCGCUGCACAGUCAAUGGCCGGGAGGUCACUGCCUCCUGCCGUCUGACCCAAGGAGCCGUCAUAACCCUGGGAAAAGCACAGACAUUCCGGUUCAGCCACCCCGCCGAGGCCGCCGUCCUUCGCCAGAGAAGGCAGGUUGGAGAGGCUGUUGGCGGCAGUGGCUCUUUGGAGUGGCUGAACUUGGAUGGAGAUGUCACUGCCUCCAGGUUGGGUCUCUGCCCUUCACUUUGGAAAAAAAGGACAGAGCUGCGGGAGCAGAGUGGCGAGGACCACCGGCUAUCCAGGGCCAGAGAGACGCCGCCCAGGACCAAGGCUCGGUGGCCACAGCAGCACUACGUGGGGGAUUUCAGGCAGCAAAUCCUAGCGGGACACAAUAGAGCCAAAAGGGACCCGGAAUUUGACCAGGCACGCGUCACCUGGCAGGUUAAAGACAACCCGCAGUGGCAGCUCCGAGAAGAGACCUGGCUGGCCAACUCGCCGCAGCAGCAACAGAAAGACCGGGUGGCAGAGAAAGAACCUGAGGCUUCUGUGCCAGCUGAUUCUUGGCUUCAGACAGAUCCUGAGACUCCACCGUGCCCUCUGGCCCGAAGCCAGAAGAGGGCAGUGACGUGUCAGCUCCUUCGGAGACUAGCUCAUCGCGCCUCUGGGCACAACAUCAGGCGAAAAAAGGUCUGGUUCCAGCUAGAGAGAAUCAUCAAGAAGCAGAAGCUGCUGGAGGCCCACAAGAGACUGGAGCCCCUCAAGGCACCAUGCUGGCUCCAGGAUGGUUGUCCCCAGGAGUCUCCACACCAGGCCCCCGGCUCUGAUGCCAUGGUCCCAGGCCCUCAAUGUGGAAGCAAGUCGACAAGUUGCAGCUCUUUGAGCCUCCGAAGGCUCUGCCUCCAGUACUUGCCCCAGCUCCGCAGUGUUUUCCUGAAUCGGGAUGCCGCCACCACGUUAUCUCCCAUGCCUGGCUCUACCAAUCAAACAUCAGAGAAAACCCAGUCAGAAGAGUAUUUGCCCCAGGCUGCGUCUUACCCUCCAAGGACAGGGCAUUUCAGCAAGAAUGUUCUUCGUCCCUCAGGUGAGGGGCAGCUCUGCACAGCCAGGGCGGCCUUGGCCAGGAGGGGGGCCUCGGUCCCAGGCUUCACAAUGAAAUCUAGGUCGUCCAGCAGCCAGGAAAUGGAGAGCGUGGGUAAGCAGCCCCACUGGAUGGUGCCCCAGGGCUUAGCAUGUGUGGGCCAACAGGCUCACAAGCUGAAGCCAAGGGAUGAGCCAGAGGCUCUCACCCAGACCAGGAGGGCUAAGGGACUAUCAGACUCUGGCCAUGGACCAGCAAGGUGGCGAAAAGAAGGGGAUAUUGAGCCCCACAAGGCUGCUAAAGGAGCCGAUUGCAGUUCCUCACAUCUCCAUGGACCCAAACAGGCAGCUAGGCGUGGAAAGGCAGCCAAGACUUUUUGGGCAGAAUCCAAAGCACCUUCUCCAAGUGGGGCAUCAAAAGGGCAACAGAGGGCGCCAGCAGCCAGGGUCAGAGACAUUACCAAAAAGUCCUCUUGUUUGCUUCGUGGCAGCCCUUUGAAGAGGCAGCACAGUGCAGGUGGCCCAGACACCAUGGCCUCGCUCACUGACUCCAGCCCAGCAGCGGAUCACACACGGGAAACAGAUGGUGAUUUGUCAGAUGCAGACAGCAGUUACUCAGUGGAUUCUCUCUCCUGUGUCUAUGCCAAAGCCCUGCCAGAGCCGCUGGGGCCCGGGCCCCGCCAGGGGAAGGAGCGGGACCUCCCAGAGCCAGAGAACACCGAAAGUGACAACAGCCAAAUAUCUGAGGACUCUCUGGCUGAGAAGGGACACCAAAGCCCCCAGGACAGCCCAGGGGGCAGUUAUCUCGCCAGUGGCCACGGCCACCACAGGGCCAGAGCUGCAGCCUCUGUGAGGGGCUUCCCCGCAUCUUCAGACAGCGGCCCGUCGGCCCUGGCCCACAGGCGCUUUUCGCUGGACAGCCUGAUCGAUGCCGAGGAAGAACCGGAGGAAGAACUGGAAAAAGAUCCGGAGGAAGAUCCGGAGGAAGAUCGGCAGAAAGAGCCUUUCUUCACUUCAGCUGAUGAGAUGCCAACAGAGACUUUUUGGCACCUGCAGACUUCCAGUCUGCCCGUAGUGGGCCAGGAGGCAGUGUGCAGGCCUGGUCCCAUCACCCAAAGAGCAGGAGGCAGGCUGGACACCAUCCUGCCAAUGAGCAGUUCCUUUUGCCUUGAUUCCCAACCCCAGCCCCACUGCGAGUGGCCCGAGUCGAAGGGGGAGGCGAGCUCCUCUGAGCAAGCCAACACUCUACCAGGCACGCAGGUUUCAAGAGGGAGCCCACUGUUGUCCCUGGAUUCCUGGUUUUCCUGUGACUCUAAGGUCAAUCCCAGCAGCCCCCUAGGAAUAGUAGGUUCUUUAUGUCCAAGUCCCAAUGUCCAGGAAUUUCAGCCCUGUGGUCGGGAGAGGCCUGGGUGCUGGCCAAGGAUGGAAGGACCAGAGCCAUCAGGGGCAGAAGCUGUUCUGCACUCCACCUCCACACUGCCCCCAGGUGGUGCUGAGCUGCCCUGCAGUGUAAGAGCUGUGUACACAAUUCCUGCUUCCGACACAUCCAGGCUGUCACUCUGGGGGUCCUACAGGCUGCUUCAGCCAGGAGCUGGUGGCACCUUUCAGGCCACAGGUGUCCCUGGCACAGCCCAGCAAGGCAACUCUGAAACAUCCAAUAGCUCUCGUGUGUCAAGCACGCUGGCGGCCUCUGCAGUCUCACUGACUCAUGUAGGCAGUGCCUGUGAGAGGGACUGGGCUGCUCUUCAGCAGAAGUACCUCCUCGAACUAUCUCAUCCUGUUCUGGAGGCCAUAGGACAGCCCAGGCCAGCUCUUGCCUCCUUCGAGGAAGACUCUGGUUCCCUGGCCCAAGCUUCUGGCAAAGAAGGAGAUAGUCUACUGGCAGUUGGUUCUGGGGUAUCUAGCAAUUUGAAUUUCCACAACUUUCCUAUCCAUGUAUCCGAACAUAGGCAUUUGAAGUCAGAGAAAGAACAGGUCAGUCUGAGUGUUGAGUUGGAAGGUACUUCAGAUUUCUUUACAGCUAGUGAGAAAGAGGUGAGUUACAGCGGAAAUUAUUCAGCAGACAUAGAAUCGCUGACUUCUGGAACUGCACAUGCACAGGUCUCUGCAGCAGAGCACAAGGGAGCCAAUUGCAUAACAGAAGCAGGGGCAGUGGAACAGGACAGCUCGGAGGAGUCCUCUCGGAGUGGCGGGAGGAAGCCUGGACUGCUGACUUCCUCCGAUGAACAGUUCUUCCUGGAGAACCUUUGCAGUAAUGUCACCAUAGCCGCCAAAGACCAUUGGCCCCAAGGCUGGGCUCCUCUCAGGAAGAACAGUGUAGGCCAGGCAGGCCAGUUAAAUCACAACAGACACCAGCCCCGACAGGAGGAGUCAGACUGCCAGGGGAGCUCCAAAGAGGGGGUUGGAAGACACACCAGCCUUUCCUUUGCCUUUCCAUCAGGUCCAGAGCUGUACCUCCACUCCGCUCCUUGGAGCUCAUUCCCAUCCCCCCUGCAGCCGCCUCCCUUGGAGACGUUCUAUGUGACCAGAAGCCGGGAUGCCUUGACAGAAACCGCCUUAGAGAUCCCGGCUUGCAGAGACCCGAGAGCGCCUUCCCCGCCCCCCAGGGAAGCCUGGGGCUUUGGCCGUGACUACCAGUUUCUCCAGAAUGUUUAUUUGAAGAAUGAUUUAUCAGUGCCGUUACAAACGCAGCAUUCGGAGAUGAUCUCGUCUCAGCAGGUCACAGUAGAGAGGCCAGCUGACCCGAACACCAAGGAAGUUAGUGGAGAAAUGGGGACGUGCCCUGGAAAUGUUGAAGAAGAAAGCGAUAAUUCAGUGUAUUUUUUUGUUGCUCAGAACAGACAUUUUCUUACAUCUGCUAGCACAAAAGUAUGUGAUUAUGAAAAUCAAGUUGGAAAUGUAAAUAAAUACAGUCUUCCAGCACUCAAGGAGGAAGGGAAGGUCACCCUGCGGUCCCACUGCAGUCUUUCCUCAGACGGGGCCGGGUCUGGGGAGCCUCUUCCUGCCGGUACAUCUGAGGCAGUCGGGGGAGAAGAGUGGGGUCAGAGUGCCGUCCCCAGACAGACCACGGCCUCUGAUAUGAGCAGGUGGUUCCCUUCUGGGUCCGGGUGUGACCUCUAUAAAACCAUUUCUCUCCAUCCCAAAGACAGUGCAGAAGAGCAUGAGCUUCCAUGGACAGCGUCUACAAGGGAAAGAUUCCAGUCAGUGAGCCACUCGCAGGAAAGAAACCUCACUGAAUGCAAGGGCCCUGGAAAGUCGCAAGUAAUGUUAAAUCCCAAAGAACCACCUUCUGGAAAGACACAGAAUAAAAGAGUUAAUAAUGCUGAUGAAAUGGCGAGGCUAAUUAAGAGUGUAAUGCAGCUAGAAAAUGAUAUCUUGGAAAUCGAAUCCAAGCAGAAUAAGCAGCUAUAUGCUUCUCACACUGUGGGAGUCACUAAUGAUCUUGUGUUCCAGGAGCAGGAAAUGGCUGAGCAUGUCCUGGGGCCAGGCAGCUCUGGAAACCACUUGUCCUUCAAGGAUCAGCCGUCUUCUCCCAGACAGACAGAUGAUGCUAUCUUUAGGGGUGGGGAAGCUGCAGAAACGAAGGCCAACAGUAGCACUAGGGAAGAUGCCCAGGUUCAGGAAGCCACCCUGGGUUCCUUCAAGUCGAGAGAAUGGGUGCAGGACAUGAGGUUUGUGAGAGAGCACAGUCCCCCGGCUGUAUCAGACAAGCCCGCACAGGUGAUAAAUACAAUAUCAGAGUUUUUAGGGACAUGUACAACUCACAGUGAGUGCACCAAAACUUCUGUUAAUCCAUGGCGAAUGAAAGCAUCGGCUAGAGCUGCACCAUUGCAGGCCAGGCCCGAGUGGUCUUCUGCGAAGGAAAGCGAGGCCGUGCACGCAUCAGCAAGCUCCAGGGGGCAGCCCUGGGACUCAGAAAGUCUGGAGGAAUCAGAGACCGUGAAAGGUUUUCAGGAAAGCCAACUUGCCAAACACAUAGGUAGUUUUGACCCAGAAGGGCCCAAAGUUCAAGGCAGAGUUAAAGAAAUGACCAUGCAAAGAAGAGAAAGCCCAGGAGAGGACUAUGGAAUGGUCUCACCGACUCAGAAACUUCUCGGUCCAAGCCAGCAUUGUAUGGGCACGUUUUUCAGCCAGGAGACCAGCCCGUUGCUGAGCUGGCCGUGCUCCUCUGCGGCCCCUCACCAAGACCCGAGUCACACCUUGCCCUCAAAUUCCCCAAGACUGCCAAGAAGCUGUCUUCACAUGCCGGGUGCUAUAGGCAUCUCUUCAGUUGACUAUGUGCUGGACCCUACAGUGUUGAAAAUGCCUAACAGUCCCCGGGGAACUGAAGCAGGAUGUCAGGGCCAGUGUGGCGAGCCCAGAAGCCACAGCCCGCGGGGAACUGUCCGAGGGAACCCAUCCAGGGCGCACACUGCUGGGUGUGGGUCUGCAAGCUUCACGGCCACAGGAUCUUGGGAUCACUCCAGUGCCCGGGAGAGCAUUCCCCUGGGGGCUGAGGGCAGGAGAUUAGCAAGCCCCAGUCCCCAAGACCAAGGAUGGGACCCCAGAAGCACCUCGAUGGGCUUGAGUGCCAGGGUGGGUUCUGGUGCUGAAGCCGAGGCAGCUAUACGAAAAGGAACAGAAAGAGCUAGUUUCCCGAGGGCUCCCUGUCCCUUAGAAGAAGGUGACGACCGAGGCUGGGAAGUCAGGCAGAAGGCGGAGAAGAAGGCUGAGGACCCUCGUCGUAACAGUGCUACUGUCUCGGCACCUGCGUCCCUGGGACCACAGCUGGAGCCCUGCGCCCAUACACCCGCAGGCCCAGCUGUGUUGGAAGAGAUCAGAGAGAUGGGGGCCCAUGGAAAGCAGCUUCAUGUCUUGGUGGCUGAGGGCACAGUCCUUUCUCACUCUGAGACUUUAUCAGAACCUGAAUGUUCUUCAGGAGUCCCUAGCAAGCCUUGGUGUCAACAAAUGAACCAGCCAGUGUCAGAUGGGACCAGGAAUGACAGCAAAGCACAGGGACUUCAUGGGGCCUCUUCCUGCAUGGGACCAGGACACCUGUGGACUGAUGAGAGGAAAGUCCUUAAGACCACACCUCCCUCUGCAGGCAGCUUUCAACCUCUGCCCAACACUGAUGUCAACACGGGGCCGUGGCAGCCCUCACAGGGUUUCCCCCAGGCAGACCCCGCUCCAGGCUGUCAUUCUGGAGAACUGAGACAUUUCCUGAGUACAGGCGAGCAGUUUAUUUGUUACUCUGGCCCUUUUGAAACUAUAGAGGAAAAGAAAGCAGCACCUGGGCUACCUUCUGCUGAUCCUGUAGGCUCAGACAGUCUUCCUUCUUCAGCAGCGUUAGAGAAGGACAGGAGGGUAACACCAGAGAAGGUAUUCUCUGCCUUAUCCUCUCAGGACCCUUCUGACGAUCCUGGAGUGUGCAGGCCAGGGCAAAGCCGGCUGGUCCCCCGGGAGGCUGCAGGGGGCCCACCUCCUGGCAGUCAGGAGAGCAGCCAGGCACGCCAGGAACCUAGAAUUCUGGACACCCCUGAUGGAGGAGGUUCAGGUAACUGCAUGGUGGCUGCACAGGGCGGAGAAGCAACCUGUUCUGAGAGCCAGCUUGUGAUCUGUGAUGUUCAGAGCUCUGCCAGUCUCCCGGGGCCUAACCAAGACCAUGCCCAAGACCUCGAGGCUUCCAAGGUCUUAGAAAAAGGAAGCACAAAUCCCAAACAAGGUACCGUCCUGGCUGGAGUCCUGAGAAGAGUUGAAGCGGAAGCUCCCUCACAGCAGUGUGUGAAGAAGGGGAGUGUUGGUUCUGGGCUGGCAGAAGCCUGCAAGCCUAGCAGCAAACAUGCCAGGCCAACUCCAUUGCCGGAUCAAAGACCUGGCCCAGACCCUGGGGGAGUUAGGGAGGAGGCCCUGUGCAGGUGUCCACAGGAAACUUCAGAUUGUGCUGUCCUCUCAGGGACCAUUGGAGGCAGAAGGAUUCUCAGCCCGUCCAGGGAGCAAGGAGACAGCAGAACUCUUCCUUGCCAACAGCUCUGUAACUCUCAACCCUUUGGCUCUCGUGCCUGCUCCUCCCCGCCUGUGGCCGCCCCACAGACUCUCCACCCGCCCUGCAUAGUGCCUUCCAGGGCCUUUGGAAUGGACGAGAGAGGAGAGAGCUAUUGCAGCAAACCUGACGUGUUCUUGGCUCAUGGCCUUGAGCCCGAAGGCAUUCAUUUGGAAGCUGGGCCAACAGGCAGCAGCACUCUGGAGCCCUCUGCUGCUGCUGUUGCUUUAUCUCUGGCUCAAGGCUGCAGCUCCCCUUCUGCCCCUGAUAUGAGGACAAGUUCCCUCAGCUACUCAGUUUCUGGGGGGGAUCCUGAGAAAAAGGUUGCUGAGAAGAAAGCCAGUGCAGAGCCCGAGGCUGCCCCUCUUCCUAAAGGUGUGUGCUCAGAGCCACUGAGGAAGUUUCAGGACAGCUCAGUAGGUGGCCAGAAUGCACAGGAGUUUCAUACCAGGCCAGAACUACCCGCAACAACCAGGGGACAAUGCACCCUGAAUUUAGGUGAAGAGCCUGUUGAGAGUGAGCUGCUGAUGGAACCACAACCUGGAUGUUUAGAAAAUGCCAUUAGAUGCCUUCCAGAAAAGCCACAACUUUCCACUGAGUCCAAGGAUCGCAGUGGCUGGGAUCCCCAAGACAAGUUCGUAGCAAAGUUAAACCCCAUCUCCAGUCCCCAGGCUGGCAGUCCCUGGGAGGAGGAAGAGCAGCAGAGAGAGAAGGCCUCAGGUGGUGGUGAAGACCCUGCCCAGGGCACGCAUCCAUCACCUUCCAGUGAAGGCGGCUUGGAUGGCUGUCAGAUUAGAGAUGCCUGUGGAGGGGAGGGGGCUGCAGCCAAGGCCCCUGUGUCCAAGACAUUCUCGUCAGGCUUUAAAGACUCAGCCAGUGUCCCCUUGGGGCCCGUGGCCCAGAGCCCUGGCCAGCUCUCUUCCGGUGGAGAACAGCUGGCUCCCCACCACAGGCACUCACUUCCCGUGAUUGCCAUUGUCUCUGGACCCAGACACUCCAGGUCCCCGCCCAGACCACACUUCUCUGUCGUCAGCUCUUCCUUGUCUCUUCAGGAGCUGAACUUGAGUGUGGAGCCUCCUUCCCCCACAGAGGAAGAGACCCAGGAGCCUAACAAAUUAUGGAACUCACAUACCAGGGACCACUCCUCAGAAAAGUCGGUGGCAGGAACAUCUCUGAAGGCUGGGGGCUAUAACCAGAAAGUCUCAUCUAACUUGGACAGUAGCUCUGUUGAUUACAGGCCCCUUCAACCUGCUAGCCCUCCUCACCCAUCGUCUUCAGCUCCCUCGUGCACACCAGCCCCUGAUUUUACGACCCAUUGGAUGUCUGGUACAGAGGAACAGGCCCGGCAGGUAAAGGCAGAGAGGCUGGCUGGCCCGGCCAGGCCAGAGAAGGGGCUCUCAGAGGCAGACAAAGGAGUACUGUGCUUUGGCUCCAGUGACAUCAAUCCCCACGCUCUGUGCUGCCAUCCAGAGGGCCCUGCGUGCAUUGGCUGGAGGCGGUCUGCGUUCGGCAGUGCAGGCCAUGUGUCCUGUAGCCAGACAUCGCAGGGCCCGGUACCAUCAAUGAUGUCCCAGUGCUCCAGCAUGGACAAUGGCCUAGAAGACCAGAACUCAUUCCACUCCCACCUCAGCAUCUAUGCCAAUGCCCGGGGCCUGGCAAGCCAUUGUAGCAGCACUGAAAAUGCCCAAGGUUCGCAUGAGGCCUGGAAAGUAUGGGACUCCUCGCUGGCCUUGGGGAACCCUCACAUCCUGAUGGGCCCCAAAGGAGCACCCCCCACUAAGGGUCCCGACAGGAGAGUGCAGUUCCCGGACACCCCUGAUGCAGCAGACUGUGUGAGAAGCGAUCCCCCCUGGGCCGAAGGAGGUGCCGCAGGUCCAGUGGAUGAGAUUAUGCUGCUGUAUUCCUCAGAGGUGGGCAGCCCUGUGGGACAGUCCAGGACGAACACCUGGGAGCAGGGCACGCAGACCCUGGGCUGCAGGCUCCCCUGCAGCCACACCGACGUCUCUGCUCGUUCGGAAGGCAGCUCCGCGCCAGCCUCCGAUCUGGCCUCUUGGACCAGUGUGCACAGCCUGUCUCUGCACCUCUCGCAGCUCCUGCACAGCACCUCAGAGCUUCUGGGAAGUCUCUCCCAGCCGAGUGUGGCUGAGAGGGAGGCUCCAGAUGAGGCGCCCCAGACGCUUACGAUGGAUGGCUGCACUCAGACCACUAUGGACAAGGGCGUCCAGACAGACCCAGCCUCCCCACCUCUGCACCUGCAGGCCCCGGAGGCCAGCCCUCCAGAGGUCAGUGUGGUCCUUGAAAUGCCCCGCUCACAUGUCUCCACCAUGCCUCGAGAAAAGGGACAUGUCCCAGGGACACUUCAGAAGAGCGAGGCCGAGGAGACAGCGUGGAAAACGGCAGGACGCCCAGAGCUACGUGAGGAAAGCACCUGCUGCAGGUCGCAGGGUCCUUCGGCACCCUCCUGCCCCUGGGGGUUUCAGAAGGCCCCCUCUGGGCAGAGCCUCCCUUCUGUGAGCCCUCAGGCUUCUCCCGACGACUCUCUGCCUCCCGGCUCCCAGCCGGAGGAGCCCUCCUGCCUGGCUGGCAGCAGCCGCAGCCUUGGCGCCUCUCACUCCCCAGGACCCGGCCCCAGUGCUGCGGAGGCUGUUGGGGAGCCUGGGGCCCAGGAGGAGCUGUGCCCCACGGGUGCCUUGCUGGUGGACAGGGCCUCCUCCCCCAUCCUCACACUCAGUGCUAGCACUCAAGGGCUGGGGCUGCCCCUAGGUCCUUUGUCUCUCUCGGCCCCCUCAGCACACCCUCUUGAAGGCCACCAGAAGCUAGUCUCCAGCCCAGACCGUCCCCCUGAUGCCCCCAAGCCUCCAGUGGAUGAUUAUUCUCAAACCAUUGAUGAGUCUGGAGGUGCCCAGAGGGUGGGCCUUCCGUGUGCAGAAGACAAAAGUUCCUUAGAGAGGAAUGGGGGCAGGUCCGUCCUUGAGGCAAGCUCCCCAGGCAGCCCACAGCACAGCUCAAAAAUCCAAGUUUGCUUCUUAGAGCGGCCGGAUCAGCAGCUCCAGCCCCGGGCCACCGCCUGGGUCCAGAGCAGAGUGCCGCCACUGCCGCUCAGGGUCAGGGCUCAGAGGCCGGCUCAGAGCUUUGUCCCAGAGGACAAGGCUCCCCUGGAGUGCGGCCCACUUAGCAGCACAGGGCCCCCAAAAUGGCAGAGGACAGAAAAUUGGGAUAAGAGUUCAGCAUCUCCAGGGGAGCCACAGCCCGUUCCAGACAGCCCCUCUUUGUGGGGAGGCCCCCAGCACCUCAGCUCCUGCACUGUCUCUGCACCGACCGAGAAAACAAGGCUCCAGGGUCUUGCCUCAGGCUCAGCUGAGGCCUGCCAACCCCGGGGGCUGCUGCGCCCCAGUUCCCAGAAGUGCGGGACACCUGAGCCCCAGCAUCACAGCCUGAGGGACCUCCCAGUGCAUAACAAAUUUAGUAAUUGGCACGGGGUUCAGGAUGGCUCUCCUGGGGAGCUAGGAGUGGUGGAGAUGCUGGGGUCCAGGCAGGAUCUCAGCUGUGGAGAGCAGGGACAGAGCCCCUCACAGCAUCGCCACAACCAGAGCUGGGACCGAGGGCGGUCCCAGAGGGAGCAGAUCCCUCUGCAAGUUGGGGCCCAGAACCUCUCACUCAGCGUGGAACUCACAGAAGCAAAACUGCACCGAGGCUUUGGGGAGUCCGACGCUCUGCUCCGGGUGCUGCAGACCGGGACGGGGGAGGCGCUCACUGCCGAGGACCCUGUGCCGUCUACCUGGGGGGAGCUCUACGCCCGGCAAAAACAAACCAUUGAGACCCUCCGGAGACAGCGGGCUGAGCGACUUCAGAACCUCCGCCGGGCACGAAGCCUCAGCCCCCAGAAACAACUGAGCCUCCGGCCUAACAGGGACCUCCCCGCCCGGGACCUUGACUCGCCCAGCAGGCGCCGAGAAUACCUGCAGCAACUGAGGAAGGAUGUUGUGGAGACCACCCGGAGCCCGGGGUCAGCAUCGAGGUCUGCUCACCCACCCUCUGACAUAGAGCUGAUGCUACAAGAAUACCAGCGGGCUCGCGAGGAGGCCAAGGUGGAGAUUGCACGGGCCCGCGACCGGCUGCGGGAGCGAACAGAGCAGGAGAAGCUGAGAAUCCGCCAGCAGAUCGUCUCCCAGCUGCUGAGGGAAGAGGAAAAACUGCACACCCUGGCCACCUCUAGCUCCCUGUGCACCAGCUCCAAUGGAAGCCUCUCCUCUGGUAUCACCUCUGGCUACAACAGCAGCCCAGCCUUGUCAGGCCAGCUCCUGUCCCCAGGCAGUGUGGGGGACACCAACUUGCCUGAUUCUGGAGACUCUUGGAUGGGGGACGUGCGAGGCCGGUCUGCAGUGAGGAACAGUCACCCAAAUCUGGCUGUGUCUGCCUGGAAGAGCGUGGCCUACAGCCGCAGAGCCUCUCUGGGCAGUUGCUGCUGUUCUUCAUCCAGUGUGUCCAGCCUGGGGACCUCCUUCUCCUCCUCCUACCAGGAUCUGGCCAAGCACAUCGUGGACAUCUCUGUGGCUGAUGUAAUGGCAGCUUGCUCAGAUGAUCUGCACAACCUCUUCAGUCGCCAGGCGGCCGCUGGCUGGAACUAUCAGGGCGAGGAACAGGAGGUGCAGCUCUACUACAAGGCAUUCUCUUCUACUCGGCAUGGCUUCCUGGGGGCCGGGGUGGUGUCUCAGCCGCUGUCUCAUGUGUGGGCAGCUGUGAGUGACCCCACCCUGUGGCCCCUGUACCACAAGCCCAUCCAGACGGCGAGGCUGCAUCAGCGAGUAACCAACAGCAUCAGCUUGGUGUACUUGGUGUGCAACCCUGCCCUCUGUGAACUGAAGCAGCCGCGGGAUUUCUGUUGUGUCUGCGUGGAAGCUAAAGAGGGCCACCUUUCUAUCAUGGCAGCUCAGUCUGUGUAUGACACAUCCAUGCCGAGACCCAGCAGGGACACAGUCCGAGGGGAGAUCCUGCCCAGUGCCUGGAUCCUGCAGCCGCUCGUCAGGGAAGGAAAGGAGAUCACCAGAGUCAUCUACUUGGCCCAGAUAGAACUUGGUGCUCCAGGUUUACCCCCUCAUCUCUUGAGCUCCUUCACCAAACAGCAGCCGCUGGUUAUAGCCAGACUGGCUUCCUUCCUUGGUAGUUAGCACCUCGCCAUCAAGAUGCUGAGAUUCAGGCCCAGGAUGCUCCAGAGAGGCUGGGGAAGCUCUUGUUACUCUCUGUACCCUGAUGCAAGAGGAGGCAAGGCCACUUGCUGUGGCCAACCGAGCAGGCGGCACUCAGCCCUGAGUUGCCAGCGAAGCCCAGUCAGCCCUUGGUCACAGCUGGCACCUCGGCAGACCAAGGGGAACUGAGCUCCUGGCCUUCCAGAGCAAAUGAUGUUCAACUCAUCUUCUUGGAUUUUUCACCUUUCUUUCCUGUCUCUGGGACCCUAUGGCAGGCAGGCCCUGCAAGGACCAGGAUUGGACAGAGCCAACAGAGCCAGGAGGCGGCACGGUGCUUCCUCACGGUCUGACACGGUGCUUCCUCAUUGUGACCCAUCCCUCGAGCUGGUAGGGAGGCAGCCAUUGGCUAAGACUGCUCAGAAACCUGCCGCCAGCAUUCAGUUCCACGGUGGGAUGGAUGGAGUGUUGCCAAAACGGAAAACUGGUUUUAAAAAAAUAGCUGCACAAACCAGAACAGUGAUUCAGAAUUGUCUCCUUGAAUUUUGACCAAGCGCUUUGUUAUUAAUUUCUGCUUUCCCCCAUCUUCCUCACAAGAGAGGACAUCUAGGUCUUUGCCUCAGGCGGAAGUGCUGACCAGUGCUCUGCCACAGAGCUGUCAGUCCAGAGCCCAGUAGAAUGAGAUGACCACUGUAGAAGCAGAUUGGACCGAUCUGGGGUCAAGGUGGGGGCCUAGCUCUCUAAGGGAGGGUGGGAAAGUUAGGAGGUGGGUAGCCAGAUGCUGGCUGCUAACAAGGCAAGAGGAAUUUUGAAGAGAUAAAAAACUCUUUUGAAGAUGGGAGAGAACAUACUGGAACUCCUAGAGGAAGAGGAGGUAAGUGAUUUGUUAAGCGGAAGCUUGGUUCCAUUUCUUACCACACUCAGGUGGGCUCGUUAGCAUUUCACGCUGCUGCUGC